AUGAAUUCUUGGUGGCUGCUGCGACGACGUGGCAGACGCCGUGGCGACGUGAUGGAUUCAGCGAUGGACCUCUGGGGGCAUCCACACCGCCGCCUGCCAAUCACGCACUUCGGCCGCGAAAACAAUUUUCUGCCAGGAGCUCACGCGUCAAACUUCGGCUCCCCUGGCACCUCGAAUUCCGACGAGCAUCUUCUAACAAGAUUUGCUUCCACCAUCAACGGAUUGACCUCGGAUGUAACUCGUCGGGGGCUGACAUUGCCUUUUUCGGCUCCAAUUACAGACCUGCUCUGUUGCUGCUUCAUGGGACGCGGCAAAACGACACAAAUUGUCCAUUUGUGGAUACUUGGUUACAGUAGCCUAACGAGCGAUCCAAGGUGGCUGAAGUGGAUCAUUUGA